AUGAGCAGCUUCAAGGGUCAGAUAGGACAGGAUGUGGAGAAACAGGGCAUUAAGUUGCCAAAGAAAUGGAACGAUCCCAAUGACAAGAUACCCACAGACAGGACCAUGGUGGUGUCAGGUGUUGCGGGCGGAGGUGGGGGUGAUUCCUGCGACGCCCCUGGUGGUUCCUUAAAGAAACGUCGACAGCGCUACGUGGAGAAGGAUGGCAAGUGCAACGUUCACCAUGGCAAUGUGCGCGAGACAUACCGCUACCUAACUGACAUCUUCACCACGCUGGUAGACCUGAAGUGGCGUUUCAACCUUUUGGUGUUCACACUGGUAUACACCACCACCUGGGUUUUCUUCGGUUUCAUAUGGUGGCUCAUUGCUUACGCUCGCGGAGACCUGGACCACGCUGGCGACAGCGACUGGACACCUUGCGUCAACAAUCUAAACGGCUUCGUCUCGGCCUUCCUGUUUUCCAUUGAGACCGAGACCACCAUCGGCUAUGGUUACCGAGUCAUCACCGAUAAGUGCCCGGAGGGAAUCAUCCUGCUGCUAGUGCAAGCCAUCCUUGGCUCCAUCGUCAAUGCCUUCAUGGUUGGUUGCAUGUUUGUGAAGAUUUCUCAGCCCAAGAAAAGGGCCGAGACCCUCAUGUUCUCUCACAAAGCUGUCAUCUCGAUGAGGGACACCAAGCUGUGUCUGAUGUUCCGGGUCGGAGACCUCCGCAAUUCGCACAUAGUGGAGGCCUCCAUCCGGGCCAAGCUUAUCCGCUCAAAGCAGACCAAGGAAGGGGAGUUCAUCCCUCUGAACCAAACAGACAUCAAUGUGGGCUUUGACACGGGAGACGACCGACUCUUCCUGGUAUCGCCACUCAUCAUCUGUCAUGAAAUAAAUGAGAGCAGCCCGUUCUGGGACAUCUCUCAGGAGCAACUGGCACGAGAGGAGUUUGAGAUUGUUGUCAUUCUGGAAGGAAUGGUGGAGGCUACAGGGAUGACGUGCCAAGCCCGUAGCUCUUACCUGGACUCAGAGGUGCUUUGGGGGGAGCGUUUUACCCCUGUGCUCUCCCUGGAGGAAGGAUUCUACGAAGUAGACUAUGACACCUUCCAUCAUACCUACCCCACACCCACCCCAACCUGCUCCGCCCACGAACUAGCCGAACUGGCUAAGAAGGGAGAGGCCAUUCCCUUACCUCCCCUCUCCCCACCUCCAAACGUGGAUCACGAAGUAAAACAGGACAGAACGGCUGAGGAAGAGGAAAAGAAAGAAGAGGAUGAAGGAGAGGAGGAGAACAUUAUCAAUGGGGAUGUCAGCAAGAUGACGAGUGGAGGCGAAUAA